AUGUUGUUGGUGAGGCUCUUGCAUUUGUACAUCACGGUGGAUUUGCAAGUGCAAUGCAAAGUGACGGACCUGGUGGCUCAUUGUGGCUGUUGCAAGGAGCAAGCCUUGCAUUUCCUUGCCAUCAUGAGAGAAGCAGAAGCCCAUGCUGGUCGUCAAUGGGCAAGUGAAGUUCGCCUACGUGGUGACAUCGAAGUCGACGCCACGGCUUUUGGGAAGUUCUACAUCUCCAAGAAAUGUACAGCCUUUCGCGCCCAGAUAGAUGAAAUUCAAAGUCGACGCCGCCAACAGGGCGAACGUGAUGCCAAAGCCUUUGUCGUCACGCUGCAAGUGCUGGGGGCCAUGGAACGGAAUGGGAGCACUCUCCUCCAUCUGAGCGAUCCUCGUGUUCUUCCCGUGGGAGUCCGGCCGCCUACAGAGUCUCUGCUGGAGGCUCGGCGCUUGGGCUUGAGACAUGUGGAAGUUUGCCAUCAAAGAAAAGAGUUCGUUCGCAAGGACAGAAAAAAGAAAGGCAAGGGCAUUUGGCACGAUCCAUGGGAAGACUUGCCUUCUCUGGAUGGAAGGCUGAAGCAACUCAAGCGAGUGGUCAGGAACUUGCACGCCCGAGACCUCUCUGAACUGCUAUGCGAGUUGAGCCUAGUGAUUUGGCAACUUCGUGCCUGGUUUACCGUGGGCUCGGCACUUCUGGUGCUGCAGAUUCUGAACCGCAUCGCUGACAUGCCCUACCGGCUCCCGACCACGGACGACGGGGGCGACCCUGGACUCGCUGCGCUGCGCAUCAUCGAGGGUUAUAUCCUCUUCUGUUGUGCCUACCAGGACAAUUUGAAAUCCGAAGUGGGACAAACUUUGAGCCGUAUUCUGAAGAAGAAACGCCUUCCUCCCUGCACCUCAGUGCGAGUGGAAGCUGCCCUAGCUGGUUUCCAAUGUCUGGAGGUCCCGGAGGUCUCGCUCCAGGAGUUGCAGGGUGAGGACUUCCUGGAUUGCUUAGCCAUUGCUUUGGCGCCGGACCUGGCUUGUCGCGAGCGCAUGGAGAUAGCCAAGCAUCGCUUGGAGAUAGCCGUGGAGGGCACCUUUGGACCUGAUGCGCGCUUCGAAUUCUUUGGCAGCGCAGUGAAUGGAUUUGAGACCUCCUCCAGCGACGUCGAUGUGGUUGUGGUCUUACCCGAAGGCCAUGAGUUGCGAAGCAGCUCGAAGCAAGCGGCUGCUUUUUGCGUGGAUCUCAUGGGGAAGAAGCUGGUGGAGAUGGAGGAGGAAUGGGGUAUUUAUGUCACCGAUUUGGUGACCAAUGCGCGUGUGCCCGUCCUGAAGUGUCGCUGCAAAGACCUCCUUGAGAUCGACAUCACCUUCAACAACCUCUUGCCCCUGUACAACAGUCGGCUGCUGAAGGCUUAUGCUUCCUUAGACGCCCGUGUGGCCAAGCUGGGGCGCCUGGUGAAGUUUUGGGCGAAGCAGCGACAAGUGAACGAAGCCUUGGAGGGGACUUUGUCCUCCUAUUCUCACUGCAUCCUGCUGAUUAAUUUUUUACAGCGCAAGAACAUUUUGCCCAUCCUGCAAGAGAAGAACGAGUUGGAAGCCUUUGCGCGAGAUGAAAUGUUCGAUGGCAUACAUGAUGUGUGGUUUUUGGAUCCCUCCAAAGAGUUGACCUGCGAGAGCGCGGAGUGGCAGACCUGGGCGAUGAAUCGACCCAAGGAGGCGACCCUGCGAGGCCUCUUGACCGGCUACUUCCGAGACUUGGCCUAUUCGCUGAAAGCGCACUCCUCUGUGGCCAGCAUUCGCUUCAGAGGACACCUUCAUAAGGAGGACUACUUCCGACGGAUGCUGCAGAGGAAGAAGGAGCUUGAAGUGAAGGUACCCCUUGUGGUCGAGUGCGAGGAGGCUGAGGCGGGUCCUGAAGUCCCAGAGGAGGCAGAGGAGGCGGAGGCCCACGAGGACGUCCCCGACGACGACGAGGCGGAUGCAGCGGUCGACGCGGCGGAGGCCGACCCAACCGCGGCCGUGGAGGUGGCGGAGACGCCGCCUUUGGGCCCUGUGAAGGUCGAGGACUUCGAGCCACCAGCCUUGAAGUACAAGCUUCCAGCAGAAGAACAUGAGCUGCAGCAAGCCAUGUCCCAGCGGCAAGUGCUUUGCAUCGACGAUCCCAUGGAGCUGGGACGCUCCUUAGGCGCCUCCUUUCAGGGCUUCGAACGGCUUUGCUUCGAAUGGCGCCGAGCCUUUCAUCAUUUGACGCGGUAUCCAGAGUGCACCGCAGAUCAAGAUCUGUCGCAUUUGCGUGAGCUCUUCCGCGAGUCCAAUGUGAAGGCAAUUUUUCAACUCGAGAGGCAUCGGAAUUUUGCAAACCUCGUGGAGAAAAGCACCGAUCGCCCCAGUCGCUCCAAUAAGAUCCCCUGGGCUCCAGGUUCACCCUAUGGUGGAAAGAGCUGGACGGGCUCGACAGGACGCAGCUGGCACAAUGGGGCUGCCUGGAGAGGAGAGGGAAGGAAAGGAAAAGGAUAUGAAGGAAGAGGAGAGAAAGGAGAAUCGAAGGGUGAGCAAGGUGAGACGAAAGGCGACACGAAGGGCAGCAGUUUCUACCCUGAGCCCAAAGGUGAAUCCAAGGGUCACAGUUUCUACGACAACAAAAGUGACUCAAAAGGCAGGAGCUUCUACGGCUGGGGUGGCGAGGUUGGCCGAGAAGGGAAAGGGGCCGCACAGACUACGCAUGCCCGCGCAAGCGGAACACAGGGUGGAGGAAAUCAUGAGCGCGCAGAAGGCAAAGGAUUGUGGCAGUAG